AAUAGUAAUAGAGACUGCAUAAUAAUAAUAUUAUAGAUUCGUGUCGACCCAUCUUCAUCUUCUUGAUCUCGUUCGUUUUCGACAAACCCUCUAUUCCUACCACCGCAUCCCAUAGCAACAUCUCUAUAAACCCAUUCAUUCAAUACUCUCUUUUCUCCCUUUUCUAUAUCAUCCACAAGCCCUUAUUCACUUUCUACUCAUUCAUUUAUUCAUACCUAAUUCCUUUUUCCAAUGGGUUACGAAGACGAUCCGUAUCGCGACGAGGAUGGAGAACCCUUGAUGGACUACGAUGACGUUCAAUCCGAUCGCGAACCCUCUCCGGAGCCGAACCAGCUCGACGAUUUCGACGAAGAUGUCGACGAUUGGCGCGGUCGUGAUCGGUCCCAGACGCCGGUGUACGACACCGAUCCGGCGAGGUCGAAGCCGAGAAAGAGGCUAAUUAAGAAGAGUGACGCCGGGAAGCAGUCGGUGGCGCCGGAACUCGAGGAUGAGGUGGAAGAGGAGGAUUUUCCGGCGAGGUCUGAGGAGGGGGAUGGGAGGAAGAGGAAGAAGGGGAAGGAUGGUGGCAGUGGGAAGAAAGAGAAGAGGCUUAAGGGGGAGAAGAGGUUUGGCGGUGGAAAGGGUGCGUCUAAAUUUGGGGCUUCGAAGCAAGGGUUUAGUGGGAAGGCUGGGAAGGACCAUGAUGGUGAAGUUAAGGAGAUGUGGGAUACGAUUGCUGGUGGGGAUUCUGAGGAUGAUCAUGAGGGUGUCAGGAAUGUUGAUGAUGACAACUUUAUAGAUGACAGUGGAGUGGAGCCUGGUUUUUAUCCUAGUGACAAUGAGCCACGUUCUCCUGGCGAUGCUCCCCAGGCAGAGGAAGGUGAAGAGGAUGAAGAAAUCAAAGAUCUUUUCAAGAUGGGUAAAAAAAAGAAAAAGAAUGAGAGAAGUCCUGCAGAAAUAGCAUUAUUAGUUGAAAAUGUCAUGGCUGAGCUUGAGGUUACAGCUGAAGAGGACGCUGAACUUAAUAGACAAGGGAAGCCUGCUAUUAAUAAACUCAAGAAGUUGCCUCUUCUUACAGAAGUCCUCUCAAAGAAACAGCUUCAACUAGAGUUUUUAGAUCAUGGAGUUCUAACUUUAUUGAAGAAUUGGCUUGAGCCUCUUCCUGAUGGAAGCUUGCCAAAUAUAAACAUACGCACAGAAAUUUUGAGGAUUUUGAAUGAUUUUCCUAUAGACCUAGAGCAGUAUGAUAGAAGAGAACAGCUGAAGAAGAGUGGUCUUGGAAAGGUAAUUAUGUUUUUAUCAAAGUCUGAUGAAGAAAUUAGUGUAAAUAGGAAGCUAGCCAAGGAUCUGGUUGAUAAGUGGAGCCGACCUAUAUUUAAUAAGAGUACACGAUUUGAAGACAUGAGAAAUAUGGAGGAUGACAGGGUUCCUUUCAGGAGGCCAUCAGUUAAAAAGCCGGCCAAUAAAGCUGCAGGAAUGGAAUCCAGAGAUAGUGACCUUGACUUGGAACUUUCACAGCCUAGGUCUGGACAGUCAUCGUCUAGGCAACAUGCAUCAAGGCCAGAAGCAACACCCUUGGAUUUUGUGAUCCGUCCCCAAUCUAAAAUUGAUCCAGAAGAAGUUAGAGCACGAGCAAAACAAGCUGCCCAAGAUCAGCAGCGUAUGAAGAUGAAUAAGAAAUUGCAGCAAUUGAGGGCACCCAAAAAAAGGCAGCUUCAAGCUACAAAACUGAGUGUGGAAGGUCGUGGUAUGAUCAAAUAUUUGUAAAUUGGACCCACGUUGAUACUGGACGGAUUUGUUUAUCUUCUUCUGAAGGAGGAUCCAGCAAUCUCCUCCUUAUUCGUCCAUAUUUCGUUCUCAAUUGAAAUUUGAUGCGGGAUAUCAUGGAAAAAUUCCGCAUUAGAAGUUAAUUCAAAAUACAUUACGCUGUUAUUUCGUUUUCUGUUGAAUAAUCAGGCUUCGGUUUGUUAUCAAUUUAAUGAAAAUAUGAAUUUUC